AUGAGUCCAAAUACUUGCUGGCUUUGCAAGAUAUUCAGAGCAGAAGAAAAUGGAAUCAGUUUUAAGUAACAGUAGGAUUCUUAUGUUCUGCAAUACAUGCAGCUGUCUGAAAGUUUACUGUCAUCGCAGCAAUGGCCUAUGAUCUACAAGACCUACUUGAAGAUAGAGCACAGUGAUGAAAACACAGAAUUUUGCCUUGCUUGUGAAGCCUAUAAGAAGAUCACAUCACAGAGGAAGAGGAUUUCUGUGGCCAGGAAACUUUUUACAAGUUACAUUCAACCCCAAGCUCCCAAUGAGGUUAACAUUGACAGUCCUGUGAGGAAAGCAAUUAUAAGGACUAUUCAAGAGCCACAGUCCUGUUUUGAUGAAGCACAGAGCAUAAUUUACAUGCACAUGGAAAGAGAUUCUUAUCCACGAUUUCUUCAAUCAAAGUUCUCUCAAAAACUCGAACCCAGCCUUUAA